AUGGUUGAAAAGAAUUCGUCUCGAACUGGAGACACAGAAGGUUUUUUUCGACGUAGCUGGACUGGAAACAAUCAUCGACCCGGCACGCAGAUCGAGGAGGGUGUAAACAGCGCGCCCCCUCCUCUACCAUCAUCCUCGAUCCAUCCAGGGGUUCGCAGUUUCUCUGCACCCAUCCAGAAUGGCAUGGACCGACUUCCUAUCGCUCCCAAUGGUAUUAAACCAGGUUCCUUGAGGGCACCAGGGGAACUCGGUGUCGUUCGUAACUCCGAAUCCACUGACCGCGUGGACUCGUCAGAAGAGGAAGCCGAAGCUAAUCCCUUUGUUCGAACACACCCAAAUGUGCUCCGUAUGCAUCAACGAGAAAACGAUUUGAUUCGAGCAUCGCGAACACCGGCAUCCAUUGCUGCCCAGACCCAGGCUCUUCGCGAGCUGGCAAAACG